CGGAAGUGGCGAGGGCGGGGACCGGGUGAAAUCGCCGGCUAGCGAAGAUGCUGCUGGACUUGUCUGAGGAACACAGGGAGCAUCUAGCCUUCCUGCCGCAAGUGGACAGCGCAGUGGUCGCCGAGUUUGGGCGGAUUGCAGUGGAGUUCCUGAGGCGAGGUUCGAACCCCAAGAUCUACGAAGGCGCCGCCAGAAAACUAAAUGUGAGUAGUGACACUGUCCAGCAUGGUGUGGAAGGAUUAACAUAUCUCCUCACUGAGAGCUCAAAGCUCAUGAUUUCUGAACUGGAUUUCCAAGACUCUGUUUUUGUUCUGGGAUUCUCUGAAGAAUUGAACAAAUUAUUGCUUCAGCUUUAUCUGGACAAUAGAAAGGAGAUCAGAACUAUUCUAAGUGAACUGGCACCAGACCUUCCCAGUUACCACAGCCUUGAAUGGCGACUAGAUGUACAGCUUGCAAGCAGAAGUCUCCGGCAACAAAUUAAACCAGCAGUGACUAUAAAGCUACACCUUAAUCACAAUGGAGGUCUCAAUACCAGCAUUCUACAGACAGACCCAGCCACCCUGCUCCAUUUGGUUCAACAACUGGAACAAGCAUUGGAAGAGAUGAAAACAAACCACUGUAGGAGAGUUGUCCGCAACAUCAAGUAGUACCAGUUUUAAGGUUUUAAUCCCUUUCAAUCAUUUAUGAAUUGAUAUACAGCAAUAACUUUUCAAAUUAAGUUUUUAUUGAUGAUAAUAAUACAUCCAAAUUCCAUGAAAUUUCUUUUUCUGUUCCAGGAUAUUGAGGUCAUAAUCAGAAGCUAA